AUGGCGACUUCAACGAUGGGAGCAGCAAGAAAAAGACUAACUCCAGAAGAAGUAAAAAAGAGAGAAGAACAAGACGAGAUGGUUACUGCUGCUUUUGCCUUAACCCACUUCAUGUUCUUACGCGACAGAAUCCAAGCUGAUGAUCGUGAAAACCAUCCCUCCAAGAAGAGAAAAAUCAUCAAGAAAGAUGAUACCGAAGAAACCCUAGAGUUGCUCCUCAGAUGGACCAGCGAUCCACCAAAAAAUCUACCGGAAGCGACCAUGGCAGUGUUGGGACGAUGCAGCAAACCGAUAUGGAAGCAGUUAACAAAGAGCGACGUGAAGAAAGAUCAAAACAGGCUCAUGCUAGGUAAGGCGCAAGUGGACAAGAACUUUCUGCCUCUUUUUGAAGAAUCAGACACUCUGCUUGGGAAAGAGGGGACUAGGGUUUCGGUGUACGGACCAGACGGUAAGGUUUAUGAGAUGAUGUUCAAGAUGUGGAACGAGAAGAAGACUCCUGUGCUGAUGUCAGGAUGGAACAAGUUUGUGAAAGAGUAUAAGCUCAGUAUGUAUUGCGAUUUUCUCACGGUAUUGAUGUUUAUGCACAAGGAGACUCGUGAGAUUUGUGUCGCUAUUGAUUUCACUAGGCAUCCAAUUGUGAAACAGUUGAGUGAGAGGAUCUCAAAGAUUGUCUUCAAAGUCGAGGAUUAG